AUGUCACUCUCCAACUACAGCAAACAAUCAAUCCUUUCCGAACAUUCAUGUCCAUCACCACCACAACCACAACAACACUUUUCUCAUCGUAUGAUCGCGUGGCUUCAAUUAAUUACAAGUCAAUACAAAUGCAUGUCACAUUUAAAUUUAUUCAGAAAUCAAACGAUUUCAACAAAUUCAACUCUCGCGAUUUCCUCUCAAAAAAUUUGUGAAAUUUAUCAUUCUCAAGAUGAAUUCUUUAUGAAUAAUGGAUUAUUGUUUAUUGGAAUUAUGAAUCAUUAUUUUCCCAAGCAUGUGAAAAAUCCCGAUUUGGCAAGUGUGAAUUUUCAAAAAGAAAUGGAAGUUGUAUGGACAUUGGCACAUACGCAUCUUGAAAUACCAUGUCAUUAUUCUUUGGAAGAAUAUAAAUUGCAUUCCUCUCAUGGAAAUUGUUUGAAUUUUUCCAAAUUAGGAAAACAUUUAGAGGAAUAUUAUUUCUUUUUAAAUAAUGAUCAUAAUGAUGGCAUUGAAAGGAAUACAGAGGAAAUUCAUAUGAAUUCAAAACAAAAUGAAAAGAACAAACAAUUUUCCAACUCGAAAAAGCAUCAACUUGAAGUUUUAAAAAAUCGCAAUGGUGUCAUUUCAUCCGCAAGUUCCUUAGUGACAGCACUUGGCCAUCAUCAAUCCACUGCUUGCACCACAAACUCUGUUCUCACGAAACAACACUCACCCACCAAUUCAUUUGAAAUGAAACAUGUUUCCGGACAUGAGCCAAUUCAUGAAACACUCACAUCCAAAAUUGAGGAUACCAUUGUUUUGGAAUUUAAUACUCAUCGAGUGGCCUGUUCGAGUCAAACAAAGAAAAUGCAGACAACAGAAACGAUGGGAAAUAUUGAAAAUGUCAACGAUUCAAAUAGGAUGAUGCUGACCAAUGCAAAAACAAAGAAACCUCUUCCAACGCUUCCUGUCACAUCGUCAUUGCAUCAUGGAAAUCAUGUUGAGAAAUCGUCGAUCGGUACGAUGAACACUAACAUCAAUCCUCAACUUGAGAAAGAAAUUACACAACUCGUGAUUGAAGAUCAUGAAGAAAAGACACAACCAAUCUUCUUUUCAAAAACUGCAUACGUGGACAAGGAAGACUCUGAAGAAUAUUAUCAAAAAUUCAGGUAUUGA